AUGAAGACCGGAAUAGUCGCGCGCGAAGGCCUGAGCCUGGGCCCCUUCCUCUAUAAAGCCCACCCCCUUCAUCUCUUUUCCUUCCGUCGUCGCACUGUCGCGUCUCAGCCCACCGCACGUUCUACAGACGUCCUACAGACUGCCCUUCCUCUCCCUAUCUCUUCAAUUAAUUUCUUUUCCUCUAUGUCUUCCACCCACAAGUCUUCCGCCGCCUCGUCCACGUCCUCGAGCGGGUCGACGACCCCAGAGCAGCUCAUCGCGCUCCCGAGCCUCUCGUGCUCCCUCUCCUCUCUACCACAAGCCAAAAGCGUGGACAGCGUCUCGCUCCACCCCUCCAUGUCGGCCCAGCGCGCGGCAGAGAGUGAAGCGAAGUUGAGAAAAGCCUUGUCCAAGUCUGCUGCUUCACAUAGCAGCGGCCUGCCCCCCACAUACGUGCCUGCUUCCGUGCCUCAGCAGUACUCGCCUGGCAACAAUUCUCCGCCACUGAUGAUGCGCAAGCCAACAAAAAAGAUCGCAGUCUAG